UUAAGAGCUGCAAAACAAUCACACUUCCUUCCUGUUAGCAUUAGCAUAGACCACCUCAAGAGAGACUGGAAUAAACACUGUGGUAAAUGGUUUAAAAAUAUACCAUGGUUUUGCCGAGUUUAUAAAGAGACAGUGACUGAGAAGGUGUUAUUUUAAAGUCGGAGGUGUUUUCCGGUAAUGGCAGGGCGAAAAAGAAAGCUGCUCUCACUGACAGCAGCAGCAGCAGCAGCAGCAGCAGCAGCAAAUACACAUGACAACCAGCCGGAUUUGAAAUUAAAGGUUUCACCUGCAAAACAGAAGAAGCCCAUUCAAAAUUCUCAAAGUGCUGAGACCGAGCAAAGUCAUUAUUUCACCAAAACUAAACCAGACCUGCAGCACAGACUGGGAGAAGAGUUUUUCAAACAACCUUGCAUCAGUUUGGCUAAAGCAUUCCUCGGCAAGGUGUUGGUCCACAGGUGUGUGGAUGGUACUGAGCUGAGAGGACGAAUAGUGGAGACUGAAGCCUACCUCGGAGGAGAGGACAAAGCUUCACACUCAGCAGGGGGGAAACGCACAGAGAGGAACAUGGCCAUGUUCAUGAAGCCAGGCACAAUCUAUGUGUAUCCAAUCUAUGGCAUCUACCUCUGUAUGAACGUGUCUAGUCAAGGGGAGGGUGCUGCUGUGCUGUUGCGCUCCCUUGAGCCCCUGCAGGGUCAGUCAGUCAUGAGGCAGCUGAGAGCAGCCAGACGCAAAGAGGGAGCCCGACAAUUAAAGGACAAAGAGCUCUGCAACGGGCCUUCGAAGCUGUGCCAGGCUCUGGAUAUACCCCGCUGUUUUGACCGUCGAGAUCUUGCCUCAGACCCAGAGGUGUGGCUAGAGAGGGACCCCGACACAAAUCCAGCAGAACCAUAUGAUGUAGUAUCAGCACCACGCAUUGGAAUUGAGUCCCAUGGUGAAUGGGCCAAGAAGCCAUUGAGGUUUUAUCUUCGUGGGCACCCCUGCGUUAGUGUAGUGAAUAAGGAGGCAGAAAGACUGUCACCGUCUUGAACUGUAGUGAAGGAUUUAGAUUCCUCAGAUGUGAAGUCUGUCACAGGGGAGCUGAAUGUCAGCAGAACUUGACAGGCAGUAUAAAAACUUGAGAAGUUUCUAUUUCCUUUGCUGGGAUACACUACUUCUUACACAAGUAGGAUGAAAUAAGUCCAUUAAUAUUUUUAGUCCUCAGAAAGUUAAGAUGGCUGAAUAACGUCCAAAAAUAUAAAUUCUAAUCUGCAUAAAUCAUCCAAAAAUAUUUCUCAUCCGUUUUGUAAGCAUUAACAUAUUUUGGCACCAUAUUUUCAUGGUACUGAUGCAAAUUUGUACUGUAAAGUUCUAGAUUAGCAUUUAUUUAUAAGUCACAAUUUAUCAAUGCCUACAUUGGGGAAAAAAAUUCUGUUCUGAAAUGUACCUUUUCUCAUUCCAUCUUUUUAAAUAAACAUUCAUACUU